ACACGGACACGAGAAGGCACAUAGGAACACCACACAGCGCUACUAGCAACAACAUGCUUAUUUUCAAGAACCAGACCGCGUAUAUACCAUCAAAAUCAGGCCGACAGCUGAACACGUGGGACGGCGAAGGCCCGUUCGGCACGCUGAGCGGUAGAGUAAUACCAGCUCUUUUCUAGAUCGAAGUAGAGGUACCUGAUGCAUUACCACUAAAUUGCUGGCUGAGCACAUGUCGUGUCUCUUCUUGGUCUGGCUUUUCUUCGCGUUGCGUUUUUUUACUUCAAUGUAAAGCUGGUAUGCGCAAUAUCACAAGCAGGGACACAGUAAGACCUUCUGCUCGACAAUGGGCUAUCGCAGGUGUACGACGGACCGACGGAGGACUCCCCCCUGAUCGCGACACUAUGCGGCCGUGGCCGUCUCAAAUCAAAUAUUGUCGCCACGGGAUCGGACAUGCUGGUGACAUUCGCCAGCUCGGCGGCGGGCCCUCUUCUCAACACCGGGUUCCACUUCAAGGCGGAUGCAGUGUUCGAUGCUGGAGAUGGGGAGCACGUCCAGCUUCGCAAUGGCACCUGCAUCAUUGAGAAGAAAUUAAGCGUACCAGCUGUAUUUGCAAGCCCCAGGUCCUGGUAUCCAGUGAACACUACCUGUUCGUACAAGUUCACUGCGCCCCCGGGAGAACUGGUGCACGUCGAGUUCCUGUGGUUUCGAGUGGAGCGCGUCACCCUUUGUGAGGAGGCGCUCCGAAUAUAUGACUCGCUGCGCCCUGACCCCCGCUACAUCAUCACCAAGCUGUGCGACACUAACAAACCGCGCACUGAGCAGCCCAGGACCGUGUUUGAAUCCACGGGGCCUGCUUUGCUGCUCCAGUUCACCAGCAGAACGGGCAGCAUGGAUGGCUCCUCCGUGAGCUUUGGCUUUGAGGUAAAAAAAAGGCAACUUGCCCCGUAG